CUCGCUUAGGCGACUGCGGGGCUCCGUAAUGGGGCAGAUAUUUGCGAAGUUGCUGAGCGUUUUCGGAAGCCGCGAGCAUAAAGUAAUAAUUAUUGGCUUGGACAAUGCUGGGAAAACCACCAUCCUCUACCAGUUCCUAAUGAACGAGGUCGUGCACACAUCUCCUACGAUCGGCAGCAACGUGGAGGAAAUCGUCCUUCGCAAGACACACUUCCUGAUGUGGGACAUUGGUGGGCAGGAAACCUUGAGGUCUACUUGGCACACCUACUAUUCCAACACAGAGUUUGUCAUUCUGGUGAUCGAUAGCACAGACCGCGAGAGGCUGACAGUGAGUAAAGAGGAACUGUACAAGAUGCUUGCUCAUGAGGACCUGCGUAAUGCAGCUGUGUUGAUUUUUGCCAACAAGCAGGAUGUCAAAAAUUCCAUGUCUACCUCUGAGAUCUCAAACUUUCUUACCUUGAGCUCUAUCAAAGACCACCCUUGGCAUAUUCAGGGAUGUUGUGCACUCACAGGAGAGGGCCUUCCAGCUGGUUUAGAAUGGAUGAUUUCUAGAGUUGCAGCCAAGUGACAUAUCAGCCAAAGCUGCUUUUGGGAAGAGGAAAAACAAACUUGUUGGAGUAUUUAUUUCCAUUUGUGUGUUGUUGUUUUUUACAAACACUCAGGACUUACUGGACCUUGAUUGAUGCUUCCCCCCCCCUUUUCUCCCCAAAGCCACCGGAACUUGAUUUUAUACAUUUCUUAGAAGAUGGACCAUUAUAGAAAGCGAUUAUGAAUUGUGCCUGCAGAGGUGGGGGAUGGGAGCUUCUUCUUGGACCGACUUUGCCUUACGAAAAGGGAACAUCCUUCCCGGCACGGCGGAAGGGAGAAAACUUAAAGGCUUUGCUCCAGCACACCUUUUCAAAAUGUCAGCCUUGUUUUUUGGGGGAAAGAUUAUGAAAGAGCUAAGCAUCAGAAAAUCAAGUAGUGCCUUCAGCCUUCCUGAAAAAGAAACAGGCUUUGCUUUAUCAUUGUGGGAUCAACACAAACCGUAUGCCUUGACCUUUCGCUCUGGGCUCUGACAUACCUGGGCUGUGCUUCCCACAUUGAGAAGAUGCGGAAGAGACUUCUGGAGCUGGUUCUUUGUGUUCCCAAAGGGUUGUUCCCAUUUCACUGUGGAUAAAUAGAUGACAGAACAAUCUGAGCACUGAGUUGCUCUUUGGUGCUUCUCUUCCAAUCCGUUUUUGCUAGAGUCCUGACCUCCUUCCAUUUGCGUGCGAGUCUGGCUUGCCGAGAUCGAGAAAGAGCUAUCUCAGCUGCAUCUUCUGUGGGGGGAUUUCUCGUGGCAUGCCAAGGCAAGUCUGGGACAUGAAAUCUGUAGGAAGCUGUGGUGUACACAGAAAGCAGUUCCAGUAAGAGUGGCAGAAUUUUCGUGUGGGGGAAAAAGGUCACAACCACUACCAUCAUAAGCUAAACAAGGAAGAAAAACUUGCUAAGUUGGCAAGACAAGCUUAUUUUUAAAACUUUGUGCAAACACCAGGAUAAUUUGCAGGAAUGGGGAAUAAGGGUUCAUAUGUGACUCAACCCCCUUACUGCCCGAUCCUGAGAGUCUACAAAACCCCUGCUGCAAGCAAGCCACAGAGGUUAGGGCCAGACUAGACAUGACUGGUUGUACCCAAUGUUACUCCUACUCAGAGGAGACCCAUUGGAACGAAUGCACAUAAUUUGCUUAGGUUUGUCAUUUCAACGGGACUGCUCUGUAGAAUUUAGUCGGCCACAACCCGCUGGUGACUGUAUGCCUUGUAAACAAUUGUUUUUCGUUUGCAAUUAAUAUGAAGUUUUUGUGAAUGUGCUUUACACAUGUAGCAGAAUGAGGCAGUCUAGCAAACAGGACCACUUUGGACUGCAGAUGAGGGAGUAUUCAAAAGUGGCAUCCCUUGUGUU